CCCAUAGUCGUCCUUAUUAUCUUUUAACAAAGUAAUAGAGACAAGUACCUAACCAAAUCAUCAUUUGGUGUACAUAUCAACCAUUUCUCUCUUUUUCACAACACAAUAUUUUCUGUCCUUUUUCAUUUCCACUUUGUUUCUUUCUCCCAACUCUGUUUCAUCCUACAACUACUUCUACAUAACUACUCCAAACUCCUCCAUCUUCCACCAUAUCAACAGUCAUGGCCACCACACCUUAUCCACAACAACCACCUUCACGUGCCUUUCUAAAUACCAUCCAAGAAAUCACUCAAAUCUAUUCUUCACUGCCACCUAGACCUUCCAUAGAAGAAGUAGAAGCUGCCACUUCUACUCUUGACACCCUUAACAACGUGGAACAAACCAAACUCCAAGAUAUCUCAAACCAAAAACCACCACAAGAUGUUCCUGAAGAACUUUUCUCUGUUCUUCAACAACUCAAGAACACCAUGGUCCUCUUUCAAAGUCAUCAACUGAGAAAAGAAGCUAUUCACCUUCUUCAACUUGAAAAGAUGUUUCAAACCUUUGGUGAUCUCAUUCAAAGAGCUUCUGAGUUUGUUUCUCCUGAUGAUGAGGACACACAGAAAAAGAAAGUUUCCACUUUAAUAGAAGCUAUGGUUACCUAUGAAAAAGAGGAACAUGAAGAACCUCAAAAGAGUGAUGAAGAUUUUGAACCUCAAAAGGGUUCCUCAGUACACAAGCAGCUUUUGAUAACAGGAGAUGAAAGCAUUGAGAAAUUGAGUCUAAUGAAAGUGGCUACUAUGAUUGAAAACUGUGCUAAUAACAAAGACACAACCCUUGAGCUUAGAGGAAAAUUAGUGGAUCAAAUGGAAUGGUUACCACUAUCAAUUGGGAAAUUAUCUGAUGUAACUCAAAUAGACCUAUCUGAAAACCGAAUCAUGGCUCUUCCAACAACGAUCAUAGGUCUAAAAGCUUUAACAAAGCUUGAUCUUCACUCAAACCAACUCAUAAACCUUCCAAACUCGUUCGGCGAAUUGAUAAACCUAAUUGAACUUGACCUACAUGCCAAUAGAUUGAAAUCACUUCCUGAUAGUUUCGGAAACUUGACGAAUCUCGCUGAUCUUGACUUAAGUUCAAAUGAUUUCAAACAGUUACCUGAGUCCAUUGGGAGUUUAAUCAGCUUAAAGAGACUAAAUGCUGAAACAAAUGAGAUUGAGGAACUACCUUUCACAAUUGGAAAUUGCUCUUCACUAAGUGUGUUGAAGCUAGAUUUCAAUGAACUCAAAGCACUUCCAGAGGCAAUAGGGAAACUUGAGAGUUUGGAGAUUCUCACUUUGCACUAUAAUAGAAUCAAGAAGUUGCCUACAACAAUUGGUAAUCUAAGUAAUUUGAAGGAACUUGAUGUUAGUUUCAAUGAACUCGAAUUCGUACCGGAGAAUCUUUGUUUCGCGGUUGGUUUGAAGAAACUGAACUUGGGAAAGAAUUUUGCUGAUCUAAGAGCAUUGCCAAGAUCAAUUGGAAACCUUGAAAUGCUUGAGGAGUUGGAUAUAAGUGAUGAUCAAAUAAAAGCUUUGCCGGAGUCUUUUAGGUUCUUGUCUAAGUUGAGAGUUUUUCGGGCUGAUAUAACUCCUCUCGAGUUACCACCAAAAGAAGUUGUCAAGUUGGGUGCUCAGGAAGUUGUGAAGUAUAUGGCUGAUUAUGUGACCAAUAGGGAUGCAAAACUCUUGUCAAUAAAGAAGAAAAAGACAGGAAUUUGGUUUUGGUUUUGUUCCAUAUGUUGGCCAAAGCAAGAAUGAGGUUUUAACAAAACCGUGUUGUUAGUUCAUGUUUCCUCAAAUUAUAUUUCAUCUAUUGUAUAUGUUUGGAACACCUUGUUGUACCUUGUAAACUGUGUUUUAAGACAAGUUUUGAGGUUGAGUUCUAAAAGAGUGAUUGUAACAUUUGAGUUUUUGUUAAUCAUUUGUAUAUAAUAUGAGUGUUUGUUUAUAA